AUGGAGGGAGACAAGUACUUGCAGCAAUUCUUGGACGAGACAUCAAUGUUCAACAGCAUUGUUUUGGGGCAUUUGUUACCGUCCAGUUGGUGGGUCACACUGCCUCAUUUCUUGCAGACUUGGCUUCGUAACUACAUUGCUGGAACUCUCCUUUACUUCAUCUCUGGAUUCCUCUGGUGCUUCUAUAUUUAUUACUUGAAACGCAAUGUUUAUGUCCCUAAAGAUGCCAUACCUUCAAAUAGAGCGAUGCUCUUACAAAUAUAUGUUGCUAUGAAGGCUAUGCCAUGGUACACUCUUCUUCCAACAGUUUCGGAGUACAUGAUUGAAAAUGGCUGGACAAAGUGUUUCUCUAGCAUAUCUGAAAUUGGUUGGUUUGCCUACAUCAUGUAUUUGGCUAUAUAUCUAGUUAUUGCGGAGUUUGGGAUUUACUGGAUGCAUAGAGAAUUGCAUGAUAUAAAACCUUUGUACAAGUAUCUUCAUGCAACCCAUCACAUCUACAACAAACAGAACACUCUUUCUCCAUUUGCUGGUCUGGCAUUUCACCCACUUGAUGGAAUUCUUCAAGCUGUACCACAUGUUAUAGCUCUCUUUCUUGUACCAACCCAUUUUAGAUCCCACAUAGCCCUCUUAUUCAUCGAGGGUAUAUGGACAGCAAAUAUCCAUGAUUGCAUCCAUGCCGACCUAUGGCCCAUAAUGGGUGCUGGGUACCACACCAUUCACCAUACUACAUACAAGCAUAAUUAUGGCCAUUAUACUAUAUGGAUGGAUUGGAUGCUGGGAACCCUUCGUGACCCUGAGGACGAUUCAUGCCAGAAAGCGCAGAAGGUGCAUUGA